UCGGUGUUUCAAAGUGUUCGAUAGCUAUUCAAAUGAGGCCAUUUUGGCAGUAACUGUUAGAUUGUUUUGAAUGUAGCUCUGAUCAGACGAAGGAGUUGCCCUCUCUGAACAGCAUCAAAUUUAUGAUCACCUCAGACAAGAAAGAUAAAAAAGAUAGAUGCGAAAUCUUGUGCUUGUAACGUUAAUUUAUUGAACAUGCAACCAUUGUGAACAGUUUUUUAAAUAGAACUUUCUAAUGUGAUAAUUGCCCGGAUGGACCUGGUGCCUGUCGGCUGAAACAUCAUAUACAAUCCGCGGUGAGACUGACGAGGCGGGACCGCCGACAGGAUGGUGGAGCGGUCGGACCGUGCCCCUCUGCUGGACUGGGAGGAGGUUCCGUCUGCGGAGAAGCCCGAGGGAGAGGCACCGGCGACGGGGAACGCCAAGGAACGACUGUCGAGCCCCUCCAACAGUCAUGUCCCAUCGGGAUGCUCUUCGCCGGCGUUUGGGUGGAGCAGCGGUCCAGGGGGUCCCACUCCCACCAAGUCUGUAUCCAACGCAGACGGCUGCAGCGCCCCACCCGUGACCUCCAGCGACCCAGUGGGUAAGGAUGAAGCGCUGCACCCCGACACCGAGGAGCAUCUCUCGGACUCGGAAUCGAUGAUGGUACCGCUGGAGGACAGGAUGGUGAAAUGGGAGGAAAAGGACCAGAUUGUGUCUGUUUUCGUGGUUACAUUCAAUACCAGAUCAGGAAACAUGCUGGAGUGGUGUCUGCCCAACGACAUGGACCUGGACGGAGUCGAGUUCAAAGCCAUCGCCAGCGGCUCCCACAGGGUCACCACAGACUUCAUAUACUUCCGCAAAGGCAGCUUCUUUGGCCUCGCUUGCUUUGCCAACAUGCCGGUGGAGAGCACAGUGGAGAGGGGGGCGAGGAUGAAGUCAGUAGGGAUCCUAUCUCUUUCCUACACCCUCCUCUACCGCUACAUGAGCUUCCUGGAGCACCAGGUCAGGCUCCAGCUUCAGUCCCCAGGUCACUACUCCCCACUAGAGGCCUUCUACGAGGACAAGAGGGCACUUCUGCCCCCCAGUGGUGACGGGGUUGUUACUGCAUGUUCGGUUAACGCCUGGGGAGCUGCGAUCAACCACAGCAUGCACCCUGAGAUGAAGAUCACUCACCCUGCAGGCUGUAUGUCCCAGUUCAUCCGCUUCUUUGGGGAGCAGAUCAUGGUGCUGUGGAAACUAGCUCUCCUCCGCAGACGCAUCCUGAUCUUCUCCCCGCCACCCGUGGGUGUGGUGUGCUACAGAGUGUACUGCUGCUGCUGCCUGGCAAACAUCUCCAUCCCUGGGAUUGGCGUGGCCGUGCCCGAGUUCCGCCCCUUCUUCUAUGUUAAUGUGGCCGACAUCAGCGCCCUGGAGAAAGAGCUUUCCUAUGUAGCAUGUACUACUGAGAAGAUCUUUGAGGAGAAGAAGGAUCUGUAUGAUGUUUAUGUGGACAAUCAGAAUGUAAAGACCAACAGAGAUGGGCUGAAGCCUCUGCUCCGCCUCAGCACGGCAGACAGGGAGAAAUAUCGCAAGCUCACUGAGCAGAGGCAGAUGUUGCUGUACUCUCAGGAGGAAAACGGAGACUGUGUGUCCAGUGAAGAGGAUCUCUUUAUUCUUUUUUUCCUCGAGCAGAACAACAGGAUUUUCCAGACCCUCAGUGAGGUGGCAGGGAGCUCUGAUCCAACCCUGACCCCGGAGAGUGUGAGGGCCAUGGGUCUGGAUCCCCACGGAGACAGGCUCUUCUUGCUCCACCUGCUGGAGAUCUACGGCUAUGACAGCCUGCUGGUAUCGGAGCAGCUGUGCUGCAGUUGAGACGACAGACUUGCCUUUCAUCACUGCUGAUUUUUCCAAAAGGGGGGUGUGACCUUUAAGUGCUGCACUACUGGCUUCUUGGGAGUCUUCAGGACUAUUUCAACCUCCAGUAAAUUCUGUGGUGUAACUGUUCAUCUCCCUGCGCUUUUCUGUUCUGCUUCUUCACAGUGUGAUGGCAAAAACAACUAUAACGGUCAACUGUCAUGUGUUUAAACCAAGAGUUAAAAGAUCACUUCUACUUGAUGCAGCCUUAUGGAGAUAAAUCUUUGGAUGGAUUACUCACCUCAAAAAGUGAUCAGUUUGGUCGGAUACUGCUGCAAUGGAUGUAAAUGCAAUGGAUGGCAGGUCCGAACUUAAGAAGAUGAUCGGCAAGAAACACUUUGCCUGAACUCAGAUUUUCAAGUUGAAGGAAGAAGACUUCCUCCAAAAUGAAGGCAGUGGUUUGGAAAUUUCCAGUGAACAAAAAUGUAACAAAAGACUAAUGAAUGAAAGGUAAAAAGAGGUAAACUUCUUGUAAAUAAUCCUGUGUUUGUGUCUGUAUGUACAGUGUGUGUCAGUGUAUGUGUGAUACUGGGUCCACCUCUCCACCAGUGUUGCUGUCCUUGUAUCAAGUGCUGGAUUUAAAUAUCUCAUUCUUAAGCCUCCAGUUUCAAAAUCAGGGCCUCCUGUCUUGAACGCUAAUUUAUGACACUACAAGCAGGUGAAAACUCUCCUUUUUUUUCUCAUCAGGAACCAUGUCUGUAAGCACUAGUGUUUAAGUGGUACUUAAUGGAACGAAUGAGAAGGUGACGAGCUAAGACCAAAUCAGAUUUGUCAAGGAUCUUGUGUACAGAAUGAAAAAGGGCAAUUUGAAAAGGCUUUUUUUUUUUGCACCAGGGCUGUUCAGAAGCAAUUAUGCUGUCUAGUCUUUUAUUGUUUUCAAAUGUCCAGUUAUGUUCGCAGCUCUCCAGUAAAGACAAUGACAGGCGUUCAGGGGUGACUUCACACCAUCAAAAUAUUCUUUCAGUUAAAAGUUGCCUUUUAACCACUAUUAUCUGAAGAAGAGAUCGUACAGUCAGUUAAGAUAUCAUUUUACUACUUUUAAGCUCUCUACAUUUGACCAAAAUAAUAGCUUAUACAAGCUAUCUAUGCUUUGUUUACCUGUUCAUACAUGAGGCUAUACAGAAAUAUCAAAGGAACAUGUCAACUGGCUCUACGUUUUUUGGAAGCCUUAAGAUGCAAGUCAUAUUUUGGCCACUAGAGGGCAGAACAACUGAAAAAGGACAGAUACAUAGGAACUACUAGUCAGUGAGAUGUUCGCACAAAGUUGUCUUACUCGUCAUCCUGUGAACACUUUUCAUUUACACACAAUUCAUGUAAAGUUUUAUUUUUUUUCUCCGUUUCUUUGAAGUCUCCCAACAGCUCACAAAUAAGUCACAAACAUAGCUGCUGGAUGUUCCAAUAUCAUCACUAGCUAGCUCUAGACUGGAAUGCUUGUAGCACUGGAUAGGUAGCAUACACUGGUCUUUAUUGAAAACUGUCAUUUUGAUGCUAGAAACAUGUUUGAUAAGUGUAGAGACCCAACUGUACAGAAAAUGUUCCGUCAGAGGCUCAGCAAGUUCCCCCAAAGAUAGGGAUUUAAAAAUGUUUUAUUGUUUAAUGCAGCUGUAAUCAUUUCUUAUUUCACCUUGAUGGGUCAUUUUUAAUUUAAUCCUGGAAACCCUCACACAGAAGACAUCCUACAGCAACUUGUGUGCAGCAAGAAAGUCAGUGUUUCCAGGUAUUCGCUUCAGAGUGAUUCUGAAUGAAUCAUUUCGACAAGAAAAAUCACACACUGAAAGACAAAUGCACUGAAAUCAAAUCACUUAAAAGUCAGAUGUAUUGGUUCCGAGUUUCAUUUUUUCCGGUUCCUACAUGCCACACAGUAACAAACCUUGUACUGUGGUUACAGGCCUUUGUGCUACACACUACAAGACAUUAAGUACUUCUAAAACAAACUAAGGUUAUUCUUUUUGUUUGUAUAUUUUGAGGUUUUUUUUAAGUAAUGUAUCCAUUUAUUUUUGUUAUUUUUAGUGUUAACAUGUUAAUCCAUUUCAAUGUAAAUAUACAAUUGCUGUUACUUUACCUGUGAAGAACUGGGAUCUGUUGAAUGUGUUUUAUAAGGCAAUCAUGAUCCCACUAAGCCUCUGUAUCACAUGACACCUUCAUGCAUUUCUGUUUCCACCGUCUGCUGUAAGAAACAACUUCAAGCUGAUUUUUCCUGCCACACUGCAUGGCACCAUAGAUGACCUACAGCAACCAUGUUUGUAGUUGAAGUGACAGCACGACUCAUGUUAAAAUAGCUUUCACUUUAUUUAUUUUACUGUAAACCAUUUCAAGAAUAAAGUGUACCACCACUUGUAAGGAAAACAACAUGUUCUCAGUCUGAGUACAAUGUACAAAGUAACUUUCCUGAGUUUCACUUUCAGAUGGAAUUCAGAUUACCAAAUGUGCAGGUCAAAGUUCAUGACUUAAACAUUAAUGGACUUA